UUAUCUUUAAAGAUUCAAUUUUUAAACUGUAUUUAUUAAAUUCUCUUUUGGGUGUCUUCAUUCUUUGCUGGUUCUCUUUGAUUUUUCUGUUCAUUUUUUGCUUAUUUUUUUUUUUUUUACUGAGAUUCCAAUUGUUAUUAGUGGGCUUUAGCAUUUGGUGUUCUACAUUGAUUAUAAUUGGUGUGAAUUUUUUAUUCUGCUGUCACUAUCUUAGGGUGAUAGUUUCAUUGGAUCUCUUGAUUUCUUACAACAAUAGCUAUGACUCAAUCUCAAACUAGUUGGUGUCAACUAUACGAAUCUUCAAGGCCAAAUACAUAGAUAGCCCCUUAAACUUGACACUAUUUUUCAUUUAGACGCCUCAACUAAGACUUUCUCCUAUUGGGCACCUUAACUCUAUAUAAAAUGUGUCUAUUAAACACAAAUUUGACAACUCCAAACCAACAUUGCUGCGUGAACUUCACCUUCCUUUGAGGUGACACUAGACCAAUAAAAAAGUUACAUGUCAGCAAACCAAACAACCAAUUUUUUUUUAAAAAUAAUCUGACCCAGAAAUAAGAAAGACAGAAGGACAUGGUGAUCGGAGGUGAUGACCAAACUAGAAUAAGAAAAAGGGGAGAUGGUGGUUGCAGUAUGGCAGGCAGACCUGAAGAAACAGGAGGAGGUAAUGGUGGUGGUGGUCGGAUCUGAAGGAGGAGAAAGUGGCGGUGAUUGUGUGGUGGCAUUGGCCGAAUCUAAUGUCUAAAGAAGAUGGUGGUGACCAGCCGGAUCUGAAAAAGGGAGAGGGAGUCAGUGGUGAUGUUAGUGGUCGGAUUUAAAGGAGGAGGAGGUGGCGGUGAUGGCAGCAGCCGAUUCUGAAGGAGGAAGAGGUGGUGACUAUGGUGAUCGCCGGCCAAAUCUGAAAAAAGUAGUGAAACUCUUUAAAUAUAGAAGGAACAUGAAGGAAAUUGGGACCUUAGUUCGUUGAUAUAUGCUGCAUGAACUUCCACCAGAAGUAUUAUCGGGCAAUGUCACAAGGCUACGCCAUUGAGUUGUACUUUGACCCUGCGCUGGAAAACCAGGUCCUGAAGGCAUGGAAUGUAUUGGCUCGGCGCCAGAUUAGCACUCAGCUUAUUGAGAUUGAGUCUAGGCCUCACAUAACUCUCUUCUCCAGUUCGCUUUUUGAUCCUCUAAAACUUGAGAACAUUGUAAAGAAUUUUGCUGCCAAGCAAGAACCUCUGCCAUUGUCCUUUGGUUCAAUUGGAAGCCUCCCUAGUGACAGUGAUACUCUGUUUCUUGCUCCAACUCCAACUUUGUCUCUCCUUCAGUUCCAUUUGCAGUUGUUUGAUGCAAUGAAAAAGGAGGGAAUUGAAAUGGGGGAGCAGUAUCGUCCUGACACAUGGAUUCCUUAUUGUGCGGUAGCUGAAGAAGUGCCAACAACUCGUAUGGGCGAGGCAUUCACAGUUCUGAGGGAUUUGAAAUUGCCUGUUGCUGGGUAUGCAACGGAUAUUGCACUUGUCGAGUAUCCUCCACUUUGUGAAGUGUUCUCAUUCGUGCUUGGUAAUGCAAUUGAACUGUGAAGCUUUAGACGUAAUUCUGAUGAUUUAGUUUAGGCUUUAUCUUUUGGAUUCCUCUAUAUUGCUGCUGUAGAAACUAAUAAACAUGGUUGAAGUGCCGUUAUAGUAUCAAAAAUCAUCUUUUCUUUUCUCUGGA